UGAUGGCUUCGUUUUUCUGUGUUUUGCCGGUGCACGCCAUCGUUAAUCCUCCCAUUUCGCAGCGAGUGACACUCUUGCUGUGGUGAUGAAUUAAUAUACAUGAAGACUACCUGAUGACAAUGACGUUUCCAGAUCAGGAGCCUGCCUUCGUCACCUGCUGUCACUAAUGAAACCUCUUAAAACACACUAGCUCUAUUCUCCAGCAUAUUUCUUGCCUUAUUGUUACCACCGUGCCAGCAAAUCCUCAAGCAUUAUCCGCUUGCUCCACACUUGCCCAGGUCAAUCCUCCUCCACAGUUUCUCCUCACUCAAGGGAAUCUCCAUUCCCAAAUGAUGCGGACGGACAGCAAAGGCCGAAGUGCCUCCCCUCACAGGAUAACCUACAAGUCUGACUUCCAUGCCAUCAAAUGUUCAUUCGACACUGCGACCAGUCUACAAUCAGGGACCAAAGCUGCUGCUGUCCACCCAACCAGGCUGCCAGAUCCCAAAAUGUCCCACACCAGCACCAGCACAGGCAGCAGAGGGAGGGUCCACAGCACAAGGGGGACCAAAAUCAGAGACAACAUCUUCCUGCAAAUGGACAACCAGCAACUGAAUCAAGAUCCAGUGCAGAGUUCUGGCUCCACACCUUUCCUUUCUCCUCACAAUCUCAACCUGCAGCUCCAAACUUCACCCUUCUCUGCACCCAGGCGCUCAGUCGUCAGCUCCUCGUCUGUUCUGAGCACUGCGGCCAACAUGUCUACUCCUGAAUCUUCCCUGCUAGAUAAACCAUCCAGAUCAGAGGAGAUAGUGGAUAUAGACAGAGCUGCUCUGGCUCAGAAGUUCUCUGUAACCCGGAGGUUGUUUGAGACCAAGGUGAUGGAGGUUGGAGCUGGUGGAGGAUAUGUUUGUAAAGGUACUGGUGGCAAGGGAAGCAAGGGGAUGGAGGAGGGGAUAGGUGGUGUCAGCCUGGUGGAAGAAAAAGAAAACAGAUGUGGGGAAGUGAAUCAUACAGAGGAGGACAGCGUUGAUAAAGACAAAUCCAUAAACCUACCCAUCAUAAAUAUUUCCUCGCCAAAGCCUCCAGCACAGGCCUCGCUGACAAGGCGCCCUAAAUCUCCUGUACCGCACAGCCCAAGUGAAUCAUCCAACAAAUCUCCCUCCUAUCUCGACAAACAAACCAUAGACUCACAAACAGAGGACGAAAGGACAGCAUCUCUUGGCCUCUGCUUAACCCCUGAGGAGCCAGUGAGGGCAGAGCUAGUUGAUGUAAAGAACAUGUCAUCGGAAAGCGAUGAGAAUGAGGAAGAAAAGGAGCAGAAAGAGGACAAAAAUUGGCUUAAAGAUGAGGAGGAAAAGUACAUGAACAAAGGUGCAGGAGAGCGUGAGCAGGAGCUGGUGGAUGAUGUUUUUGAAGAGCCCGGCGUGGAAACGUCAGGGUCGUAUUCACUGGAGAAGGGCUUUGUUCCUUCACAAGAACAACAGACGGAGUCAUCUGCCAGCAUGGCGUGUCAAACAGAGAUUCACAAUGACAGGGAGGACGGUGGAGACAAGUAUCAGCAGGUGAAUGAAGAAUGGGAGGGUAAAAGGGAGGGGCAGGACAGACAGUUUACUGCACAGGCUGAGAAGUCAACAGAAAAGGAGAAAAAAACUGUUGCAGGAGUGGAAGAAAGUGCUGGACGGACCGAGAGGGGCAUCAUGCAAGAAGAGGGUAAUGACAAGGAAGCUGAGACAAAGAGGGAAGAUGGAGAAGAAUGUAAACAAAGUCAAGAAGCGAAAACAGAGAAAGAUGAUGGUGCAACAUGUGAGCUGCGAGAGGAGGUCAAGUGUGAGGAGCACAGAGAAGGUGGUGUCGGAGGAGGCAAAGUGGACCAAACAGGAUCUGCAGUCAUCUGUGGGAUUGAGAACAAGGCUUUUGUGUAUGAGCAGGAAUCCCAGUCUCACGCAGAGCACUUGAAACAGGAACUGGAAAACUCUACACGUGCAAAUUUACUGCAGUGUGAGGAAAUCCCCGGAGUGCCUGAACUGACCGAUGAUGAGGAUGCAGCAGAGAUUGCAAAGAGAAAGGUCAGGUUCUCCUCAGCACCAAUCAAGGUGUACAACACUUAUUCGAAUGCGGAGUACGACAGACACAAUGAGGACAUUGACCCGGUGUCCGCCUCGGCUGAGUUUGAGCUGGAGAAGAGAGUGGACAGGAUGGACGUCUUUCCAGUGGAGAUAGAGAAAGGGGACGAGGGUCUGGGCAUCAGCAUAAUAGGAAUGGGCGUAGGAGCUGAUCAGGGACUGGAAAAACUGGGAAUCUUCGUCAAGACAGUCACCGAAGGAGGAGCAACACAGAAGGAUGGAAGGAUUCAGGUGAAUGACCAGAUAGUGGAGGUGGACGGGGUGAGUUUGGUCGGAGUCUCCCAGCUAUUUGCAGCCACAGUCCUCAAGAAUACGUCAGGUCUUGUCAAGUUUUUCAUUGGCCGAGAGAAGGAGGGCGUGGAGAGCGAGGUAGCUCGGCUGAUCAACGAAAGCCUGGAAAUGGAUAAAACAUCCAGAAAGAAGGGACAAGCAAGCGGGGAUGAGGAUACUGACGGCAGCUUGUCAGAGAAGUCAGUGGCUGAAGAAGAGGAGGAAGAUGAAGAGGAAGACGUGGCUGUUCUUUCAAGUCUGGACAACUACCAGCUCUGCCUCAAAUACCAGCAGCUUCAGUCAAAACUACGAAGCAGAACAGCCAAACUUCACCACGCCAGAGAAAAGUUAAAGGCUUGGGAGGAGCAGCAGGCCCAUUGGGAGAGCCAGAGGGCUGAUCUGGAGCAAAGAGCAGAGGACGGAGAGGAGAAAGCUGAGAAACUAGAGAAGUAUUGGCAAGAGGCCCAGACAUUGUGCAGGGUUGUGAGCCAGCGACUGGCUGAUGCCCAGAGCCAAACAGAGACCUUAGAGAUCAAAUACAGCAAGGCCAAGAGACUGGUCAGAGAGUACCAGAGCAGAGAGGAGGAGAGGGAGAACAGAGAAGCAGACUUGAGAGGAGAAAUGGUGGAGAAAGAUAAGCUGCACAGAGAGACAGUUGAAAGACUGCAAAUCCAGAUAGCACAGCUAGAGAGAAAAGAGCCUGCACCUGAAGGGAAGAACCACUCUGCAAACCCAUCAGUCACAGGUCCAGACUGGUAUAUUCCAGUUCCAGAUACAGGACGUCUAGACUCCAGUGCUCACAUAGCCAGAGCUCAGCUGGCCCAGAAAUCUAAACGCCAACCGCCCUCUCGAGACAAACUCAGAGAGAGCUUUAGAAAACAGGAAGAUGAAGUUCACAAAUCGCAGGAGAGCCAGCCACUGUGUGCACCCACAGCGCCGCAGAGGAGCAGCAGAAGUGACCUGUCCAGCACCUCGUCUUUCUCAGUCCUCAGUCCUCAACCUCCCACCAGCUCUGUCUUCACCCCUCCCAUCUUCAUCACUGACACCGUCACUCCCUCACCACGCAAAUCCUCCACAUCCAGGAAGUCCAAAAAGAAAUUUCCUGACUUCAGUGGCCUUCGCAAGUCUCUCAGCAAAAGGAGAAGUGAAAAACACAGUAAAAGUUCCAUGAACAACAGAGGGUCAUGUGGAGACCUGGUGGAUGAGCCCGCUGGAGUGUCUCCGUCAGGUUCGGUCACCUCAAUGCCCUCUUGCCUGCCCUUCCCCUGGUUUGGAGAGCGCGGGAGAGAAAAAGAAGUGGGUGUUGAGAGAGGCAGGGAGAGACUCCGGUCUGUGUCCAGCAGCAGCUUACCGUACCUGACCACCACAGGAAGAAGAGAUCAGACAUUGGACGAUGACCCAGUUCCCACCAAUAACAACAACCAGUGGCAAAGUCGACCCGUCUUGGAGUGGGACAACCAGCAGGUGUGUCUGUGGUUAAUCGCCAUGAACAUGGACGAAUAUGCGUCCGAGUUUGCUGCAAGAGGUGUGGAUGGGACACAGCUGCUCAACAUGGACAGUGAGAAGCUCAAGGCUCUGGGGGUGUGCAGUCAGAGCGACCGGUCGGCCCUGAAGAGGAAGCUGAAGGAGAUAAAGAAAAGAGAGGAAAAAGGACAGAGGAAAGGAGAAAAGAGGUCAAAAGAGGAAAAGGAGAAAGAGAAGAAUGCCGUUUUGGAUAAGGAGGGUGGGGACAAAGAGAGGGCGAGGAUGAUGAUGGAGGGGAAGUCUGUAAGAGAUGCCAUACACAGUGGGAAAACUGUACGAACUGAGUCGCUCUUGUAAAAGGAAAGAGAGGUGAUGUCGGAGAUACACCACCAGCAUGAGGGCGCGUUUGCAGCCUAACGCGCACAAAAAUACACUUGAACCCAUUUCUGUUCAGUCAAUAGAAACGGCUAAAUGUACUGCACAUAUCCUCUCGUUUUUCACAUCUUUAUAGCAAUCAUUUAGGAUACAGACCAUAGGUUGAUUUUAACUGAUAGAUCUUUGGACCAGAGCAGAUGUUGACUCCAGCACCAAAGUUCACAAUCACAGCAAAUGCGUAACUCUUUGUCAGUUAAGUGUGUGACAAACCACUGUUUCAGAGUGACAUUUUUUUAAAAAUCCUGAACUUUAAAUUAUCCUUAGAAUGAUUUUAAUAUUAUAAAGAUGUGCUGAUUUAGGCACUCAGGUAUUUGCUGUAAAUGCUUUUUUAUGUCUUAAUAAAUAAUGAUUUAAACUUC